AUGGUAUCAAGUAGAUAUUCAACAUAUUUACAAGAGAAAGAACAAGGAAAUAUCUGUAAACAUAUAGAAUAUACACAAUCAGAUAGAAAAUCAUAUGGGAAUAUAAUACCAUCAGAAGUUAAAUCACUUGGGUAUAAAUGUUUUAAAUAUUGUUCAUCAUUAACAACAAUUAAUAUACCAUCAUCAAUUAAUGAAUUAGGAAGUUGGUGUUUUAGAGAAUGUUCAUCAUUAAAAUCAAUUAAUAUUCCAUCAUCAAUUAGUGAAUUAGGAAAUGGAUGUUUUAAUGGAUGUACAUCACUAAAAUCAAUUAAUAUACCAUCACCAAUUAGUGAAAUAGGAGAAGAUUGUUUUUAUUUAUGUCCAUCAUUAACAUCAAUUAAUAUACCAUCAUCAAUUACUUCAUUUGGAGAUGGUUGUUUUUAUGGAUGUGGAUGUGAAAAAGAAUUAAUGAAAAAUAAAAGAAUACCAAGAGAUUGUUUUAACAAAUGGUGA